CUGUUAGGAAUCGAUCUCGCUGACAGUUCCAUCCGUGUGGUACCAGUUUUGAUGUUAUCCAUAACCUCGAAUUCAUAUUAUUUGGUAGAUUUCAAGCAACAGGAAGUAAUCUAAUCUAAAACCGGUUCAAUGUUUCAUAUGCAUUGCUGAGUACAUUGAAGGACAUGGGUUGGCUAAUUUAUAUGAAUGAAUAAAUGAAAAUAAAUAAUGUCCGAAAUAAUCGAUGAAAAAGUCGUUGCGGGGGCGAAAAGUCCGGCUGCUGUCAAGGAAGAUCCCAUCGUCGUUUUGACAGAACGAGUACAAUCGCUUUACUUAUUCAGAGACCAUUACUUCGUUAACAACUCAAUCGAUCGUGCCGUUGAAAAGAGUGGCGAUGUUGAAAAAGAGAUGAAAAAUGCUCUGAGUAAGUUUGACGAUUAUAAAGGUUAUGAAAUCGACGGGGCUCGGGCCAAAUAUUACUACCUCAAAGGACGAUGUCUGAAUGUGGUAGAUCGCUUUAUGCCUCAGGCCGAAGAGUUAUUGAGUAAAGCGGUUAAACUGGAGCCAAAAUUGGUUGAAGCUUGGAAUGAGCUUGGCGAGUGCUACUGGAAAAAUGACGACAUUCAACAAGCUAAAAAUUGUUUCAUCGGCGCUCUACCUCACGGAAGAAAUAAAAUAUCGCUUCGCAAUUUGUCCAUGGUUCUAAGACAAGAACCUACCUCCAGUUACGAGCAGAGAAUAAACAACGUACAGCUAGGCUUGGAAUAUGCAAAAGAAGCCGUUAGCUUAGAUACUUCAGACGGUACUUCGUGGGCAAUUCUUGGAAAUGCACACCUCUCUUCGUUCUUUGCAAUCAAUCAAAAUCCAAAAACUCUCCGGCAAUGUAUGUCCGCUUAUUCGCAAGCCGAAAAAGAUAUUAUUGCGAGAAGCAACCCUGAUUUAUUUUACAACAAAGCAAUUGCUCUAAAGUACGAGGAGGAAUACAAACUAGCUUUGGAAGCAUUUAAUCAAUCAAUGCUGUUAGAUCCAAUUUGGGAAACUCCUCGUAUUAAGCAGCAACAACUUUUGAAGUAUCUCAAGGAUGUACAAGACUUGACUACCACCAAGGGCCGAUUAAAAGCCAAAAAACUUCAUCAGCUUGUGCAGGGUCUGGAUACGAAACAUUUGGGUCCAUACAAGGGUGGCUCCUAUACCUUAGGGGAUAAAUCAGUGAAACUGGAUUUAGUUUCGAUGAAAGAUCUGACGCCUGGUGUGAAUGUAGAAAAAGUCGUUUAUGGAAAAGUUGUUUGCUGGAUCCAAGAUCCAGACUGCGUACCUUUUACUUUUUGCUUGAUGGAUGCUGACAAAAGCUGUUAUUCUGUCACCGUAUAUAAUUUGGCAAGAGGGCGGGGCGUUACUGUUGCUGAUACGGUCGUUAUUCCAGAACCCUUUUUGACGCAUCACAAUUUCUCUUUCCUCGAAAACAAUUUUGAUUUUAAAUCAAUACGAGUCGAAACACCUAUCAUAUUAGUCGUCAAUGGGAAGAAAUUGGGCCGUGACCAGCAAGCUAGUGCAAAAUUAUCAACGUUUAAGAAGACGGAUUAGGUAUUCCAUUCAAUCUUCAUAAAAGGGAAUCGCGAAGAUUUCCAUUCCACUUUUUGUUUGUGUCAAAUAAGCAAUCUCCACUUCUAAUGCGAAUUUAUCUUUUAUCUUUAUACAUGAUAUUCAAUCAUGUCGAGGUUCUUUAUGUAAGAAAUGCGUCCAUACAUUGAAACAUCUAUUCAUAAAUUACCAUAUUACCACAUCGCUUGCAAGUAACCCGUCACUGUUUCAAUGUAAGUCCUUGACAUAAAUUUUGUCGAGAUUAUCAACAAGAUUUUUUCUUAUCCAAACGCCAUGGGCAUACCGAAUUAUUUUCACCUCAAAAAUGUAUUUGCAAUCUCACUUGCAUUUUUGUGUCGUACAUAUUAUGCAUCGCUUCAUAGAGACUCACGUGGUAAUAGUAUACGUUUUUUUUUUACCAUUAUCACAUUUAGCAUGUGGAUUUUCUGUUACACAAUGAUUGCCGAUAUUUGGAAACAGGUAUUCUUAUAACGGAACUGCCUACAGCAUUAUAGUCUAAUUUCUAUCGACUCAGACAAUCUGAUCAUGCUAUUCAAGUCGGGUUCUAACUACUCGGCUUUUUUUGAAAUAUCAAGCCUGUUCCAUUAUACCCAAGAAUAAAAUUAAUCUUGAGAAAAAUUGAACGGGGUUAAGAACAAGGCAGAAGAAAUUCAGUUCACUUUUAAUUAUUUCCACAGGAGAAAUAUUAAAAUUUCAUUCGUACGUAAAUUUGAUGUACGAUUGGUUGCAUCACAGAGUGACUAAUAUACCGCUGGCGGCAGCCUAUUGCCAUAAUAUUAUACGAUAGAUGAAAGCAUUGAUUUGUUAAUAGAAGUGAAAUGUUUAUUUUAACCGUAAUGCUUGGUUACUAAUUAAUACUCAAUUAGUGUAUAACAUUGUUUUCACUCUUUUUCACCUAAUAACAUCACAUAAUUGUUCUUUUUUAUACUCACCGUGUUCCGAUUGCGAAAUAUAUUCCGUCGUGUCACCUAUGUACGCAUCGUUUUAGGUCUUACACUAAAUCGAACGAAUCAUACCGUAGUGGAAGGAAUUUGCGGCGCACAUCGAUUGUGCUUGCAUAUAUGUAGCACGCAUACGUUAUACGUACUGUAACUAUCAUUGUUAAUUUUUGACAAUAACGAUGUUGAUGGGUCCUUGGCAUAGAUAUGACUGAUUAAUUCUUACGACGCCGAAAAAUCACAAUAUUAUUGUUAGGCCUGUAGUGAAAAUUUAUACCGCUGCCUAUUGUAAUAUUAUUACCACUCAAUUUGAAAAGCCGAGAAGUGUAAAUAUUUAGUAUAAUUCCAACCCAAAUAGAAAUUUUCCCAAUUGUUCCGGGUGUCACGAAUUCGUAUAGUGAGAAUAUUAUAGUUAUAUAGAGCACCUGAAAAUAUAUGAAUUAAAAAAAGAAAAUAUUAUACAAAUUUUGCCUAAAUGAAUGAAAAUGAUAUUUGAAGAAUCCACGUUUUUUUAUCGAGCUAAAUUUCAAAACAAAUACCUCUUGCCAGGCGUUCAAAUAAAAUUUCCUAGAUAAAAAUCCUCCAAAAAAUCUAUACACUCGAGUUGCGCGUGUGCCAAAUAUUUUGUCCAGCUGUCUUAUUGAACCUCAGUGUAAACUCUGAAUAUUGGUAAUUGCGUCAGGUUACCAUUAAAUGGUUUAAAUUUGUCUACUCACAACUGAGCUUAACUUCACACUGUGAAAGAGAAAUUUAAUAGAAACAAAUAAUGGCAACGGCAAUAUCAUGAUUUAACAAAUCCUGACCAAUGAUCAAAAUAGUUAUUUAACGAAGUAGAAUCAUAAUUCAAAUAAUGCAGUGAGGUCCUCGUUAAGUGGUAACAGGCCGAAGACUGUGAGUUUAUUGGUACAACAAGACUAAUAAGAGACACGAAUGGUAUAUAUUCCAUAUCGACCGACACGAAUCACUUGAAGAAUCAACAGGAAGGAAUUCUAUCCGAAAAGUGUGGAAAUCGUUACAAGUGCAGCUAAUUUUUGACUUGAUUCUUGAUUUGCGGAUUGUAUCGAUGGUUCUGCAGACCAAUCGUGGGCUGCAACCAGCAACAAGAUAGAAUUACGGGCGUUUACAAUUUGAAACGAUCGUGUGCCUCCUUCGUACCAUUGGUACGAAUAUUGUUCGCUUAUCAAUAUUUAAUAACGAUGUCUCUCUUAUUAAGCUUGUUCUCAGCACUUGACUGCUCAUAUGCAAUGUAAGUAAACAGAUCACGAUUCGGCUUUAUUCAAUUGCUAAUUUUACCAAUGAUCAGCAUUUGUUAAUCGUCAAUAUUACCGUCACAUCGUUUCUUACACGUUGCGUCAAUAUACUCUAUUCCGAGAUCGAAUUUUAUUACAAAGUCUUUUGGAAAAAUUCGAAAGACUUUUUAAUGGGCAAGCUGGCUUGACGAAUCAACGUUCGCUUACGGACGUACAGUUUCAUGAAACUGUCACGAUCACAGUAGACUGAUUUCAAUUUUUAUUAAUGCCUCUUCUUUUUGUAAU